AUGCCACGAUCCAGCUCCUCCAGAACUGACCGCGGGCACAAAGGCAAAAAGAGCCUAGGAGCAACGCCUAGGGAGAAGAAAAUACCACCCCCCUGUGAAGCCCUGACACAUUCCUUCGUUCCAUGCAAAAACCGAGCGAAUACCAAGGCUUCACGCAAAAUUCCCGUCUGCUGGGCUCAUCGGAAACAGGGAGAGACCGUAACUCGCUGCCAGGCAGUGCUCGAGAACAAUCGCAAGUGCCUCAAAAAGAUACCCUGGUCUGAAAGACGACAAGUUUGCACCAAACAUGCGGAUUCGCCUCUGCCAUGCUUCAUCAUCCGUCUACCGAUUGAACUCCGUCAACAGAUAUUCUCAUAUAUUCUUGAUGAGUACCAGAAAGAAUAUGUUCCACUCUAUACGUACUUUAGUAUUCUGCACAUGGCACGAGUAAAUCGCCAAAUUUACCAGGACGCAUGCGACCUCCUCCAUCGAAAACUUGUAUGCAACAUUUCUUUAAGGAACGAAAAUAUAUCCAUACUCAAAAAAGUCUGCCUGUCAGUACGACCUGGCUCGUGGCAACGUUUCAAACAAUUUCACUUCCAGUUCUAUGAUGAAAUGCAGGAGGCAACCAUUAACAACCUUACGCUUAUUGUAGCGCUGCUUCGUGAUACCUGCAUGAAGCUCUCUGUUGACCCUUCUUAUACGAUAUGGUGGCAUAGUCAUUAUGGCCUCGAGCGAGCUAUUGACGCCCUACCAUCAUACUUGGAUAUUUUUCGACAGUUGAGGGGAGUGAGGGAGGCCCGAGUGGAAAUGUCCCCUAACUUAACUACUGCAUUGAGUGUAUACGGAUGGAAUUCACUGAAUCCGGAGGCUGGAAUGGCCAUCAAGUCGAAGUGGGAAAGCUACUACAAACAAUGGGUUAAAGACUUGGAGCGUGGGCAUUCUGCGGAAAGAGAUGAUUCUUGA